CAUUCAGUUUCAGUUUCGUACGAUAGAGACAGAGUACCAGUCUAAGUUUCGUUCUCUUCCACGGCCACGAUCCCGAUGGAGGCCGGCUGAUUGUAUGAAGCAAAUUACACUCGAACGGAUAAAUGAAAUGAAAUCAUAUAUUGUUUUUUGCACGUGUGUUACAUUCCUGGGAUUGCAGGUAUCCCCAUGCCCUGUAGGAUACCAUAAAACAGCUGAUGGAUAUUGCUGCCUGUCAGUAGUAUGUCUCAAAGACCACCAGUUUCAUCUAUGCACCUUUGAUGGGGGUUCAGACACAUGCACUCCAUGUGACGAAGGGAAGAUAAACCUAGAUGAGAUACAUACCAAAGAAUGGCCCUAUGAGCAUGAUGGUCUCUGUCGUGUUCCUGACUGUGAUUGCAGCGUGCCAGAUACUGUAAUAGACAAUCUUCAGGAAUGCACGGAGAGUACUGGCCGUCCACAUUGUGUCUGUAACCGGAAAAACUGGUAUUAUGGACAGGAUCGUUUUGUGUGCAAUCUGGCAAAUAACUCAUUGAAAAUGUCCGCAAAGGAGAAAGGGGUAGAGCUGACACAGAAUGGAACUGUAAGACCUUGUCAACCUGGAUAUUUUAAAUCUCAGUAUGGAGGCAGCAUCUGUAGUCCACAUUCCAAGUGUCCACAAGGCUUCAUUGUUGAUAUAAAAGGAACAGCAGUCCAGGAUACUACUUGUAAAAGAUCUCUCUCCUCUAGUGUUCCAACUACAUCGACUUCAUCCUCAUCUGAAGCAGACCAAGAUAGUACAGCCAGGAAGAGUGACUUAGUAAUCGGAUUACUUAUAGGACUUGGUGCUGUCAUUGUAGUUUUCAUCAUACUAGGGUUGACAUGUUGGUGGAAGAAGAGACAGAAAUCAGCUGAUAGGAUAAAUAACAAUGUUGAUGUACCAGUUGACCCAGAAAUUGGUUCUAAGGAACCAUUGAUUGAAGAAAAAGAGAAAAAAGACCUGUCUGCAUCUACAGAGAUCCAAAUCCAAGACGGCAGCGGUAAAGCAAAAGAUUCCAUUGAAUUAGAAGGAAGUGGAUUAGACCUUCUAUCCUUACUUGACAGUGGACCAAAGAGUGAUUUGAAUAGUAGACUGUGCCCCCCCUCAAAUUUGUGCAGCAUAUCUUUCGCUCAAGUAGAUUCUUUUAGAGGAUCUCUCCAAAAUACAUCAGAAGACCUUGGCAUAGGUCUCUCAGCAGACACAAAGAAUACCAACAAAAUCCAAAAAUCUGGUCAAACACAGGGUAAGGAGGAAAUGCCGGUCCAAGGAGAAUACUGAAAUCUGGUAGCUCAAUCACUUAAUCCUGCCAUUCCACACCAUGAGUGUCCUCUCUGGAUGCAUAAGAAGCGCAGAGGAUUUUUUUUUUUUUUUUAUAGUAGAAACAUCAUUAUAGAUCUGUCGGAUUGCUACUGUAGAUUCCUUAUUUUACAUGAAUGAAUAAUUCCUUGAUACCAAUGUUUUGUAUCGAAUUGCUAGAUUAUUAAACCACAACCAUCAAAGUAAAAUGUAAACGAGAUUAUAAAAUCCAGGAGUGUUUAAUAAGGAAUCUACAGUAUACUUGUAAGGAGAAGUUAUACAGUAAAACUCAUUUAGUACGAAAACGGAUAUAGCGAAUUCUCGGGUAUAGCAAAGUUUCUUUUAGUCCUUGGUUAACUUCUUAUCAAAUCUUUGCAAAAUUUUACGGUUAUAACAAAUUCGGAUAUAACAAAUUUACGGAUAUAGCGAACUGAUUUUGAGUUCUGUAGAGGUGAAUAAUAACGAAAUUUUACACUUUUAUAACAAAUUUCUCUACAAGUUAAAAAGUUUUUACUACCAUUUAGCAUAGUAGUUUGAAUAAAUUGAUUUUCAUAUUAAUAUUCCAAUGCGCAAUCCGAUUAUUAAAGGUAUCAAAGUAAUGUAUUUUUAUUUUAAGCCUCAAUUAGCAAAAAUUAUAGUCUGGUGAAAGAAAACAUGUAUAUAGUGAAUUCGCUAUAGUUAUUAUAUGAUUACAAAUUUGUUUUACGGAUAUAAUGUAAUCCGAGAUUCCUCUGACUUUCACCUCAAUUUUGACAUGCGUCACAAUAUUAAAGUGGGCUUUAGAGUCGGAGGAUCUCGGAAUAUUAUGGAAUUACGGAUAUAACGAAGUAAAUCCAUUGAUCCCUAGGAUUUCGCUAUAACCGAGUUUUACUGUACAAACUUUUUAAACAACAUUCCCUGGAAUUGUGUUCAAGAAGGCUAUUCUGAUAGGAAGGGAUAUACAGGAGGGGGAUAGGAAUUCAAACAUAUCUGUUGACAUAUUCCUCAUGCAUAUAUUUUGAAUUUUAUUUAACUUAUUGUAAAGAAUGUGGUAGUAUGAUAUAAUGAGAGAAAUUAAAUUAUAAAGAUGUUUUUUUUUAUUACAUACAGUAUUGAUGUACAGUACGUGUAUUUGUCUUACAUAUCUCUGCUUUAAGUGUUCAGUUUUAAGAGUGCAGAGAUUAUAUAUGUACAAGAAAAAGAGUGAUUGGACAUAUAUAAGAACUACUUUUGUCUUAUAAAUAGUGUACUUGAGCCAGCUAUUUUAAUGUAAAACAAUUUUUCUCUUAUAGUAAUUUUAAAAUUUUAUGUUGUUAAUGUCAAUUAUGUACAAAACUGUUGUUGUUUUUUUUUAAAUUUUUUUUUUACUUUUUCUGAUAUGAUAUUUGCCAUAAUAUUUGAUAUUUAAAGAGAUUAAAUUUAAACAAAAUGUUAUUGUUUAUUCAUUUAUAUAUUUUUAUCGACUGGUGCCUUGCAUGUUUUAGAACAAAGAAUUUUUCUUUUAUAAACUUCUUGUACAUCCCCUGAAGAAAAAAAACAAGUUUUAUUACUGGGUAGAUAAAUGCAUAUUUUUAUAAUUAUGUAGAAAUUAAGCUGUGUCUUUGGAUAAAAGGGAAAGAUUACUGGUAAAUGUUUUGAACAUUAGUUCUUUCAGUGCCAUACAAAUGGUGCUUUUGUGUAUUACUGUGUGUAGUAAUAAUAACUGUUUUUCAGUUAGCAAUAGUUAGAUUCAAGCAGUUAUGAUGUACGUAGUAAGAUAUGAUUUUUUUUUUUAGAUCUGCUUGUUAGAUAUUAUUAAGGACAUUGAACACAAUAUGUAUUUUAGAUUUUUAUUGACAAAGAUUUUACAAAAGUCCAUGUCAUAUUCAACAUACUGAGGAAUCAUUAAAAAUCUUUCUGACUCUAUAUAUUUUUCAUACCCAUCAACUAUGAAUUAAAAUUCCCAACAAAUUGUAUUCAUGUGCGUUCAAACAAAUAUACCAAAAUGCAUCCCCAUUAAUCAUUAAAUACAGAACUUUAGAAUGCACAUGAAAAUUAGCCAACAGGAAUAUUAAGGAUUCCACUGUACUUUUGAAUUCUGAUGGUGACCUCACUGAUUCUUGGGGAAUUACUACUAGUAACUUAUUCUCUAGGAUUGACUGCUUUGUGAAAGGAAGGUGUGUGAUAUUGACAAUUUUCCUUAUAAAUCAUUACAUUUUAUUGAAUUUGAAACCUCUUAUCAACUACAAAUAGAAUAAGUGGAAUAAAAGUAAAUUGGGAGGUUCAGCAAACACACUUUUAAGACAUUAACUCUUAAAACAAAGUGAUUUUCAUUCCCCAUGACUUUAUUACAUGUUGUAAACUUGACAGAUAUAAUGAAUUACGUUUAUAAUGAAGCAAAAAUGAAACACUACCCCCCCCCCCCCCCCCGUAGCACUUUUUAAUAAGCGUAUUUUACUGUAUUUAGCAGGUAUAUGUACAUGUAUCUCAGCGUCUCGAACCGUGGUCCAAAGUCUGCAUUUAUAAACCUCCCAUUUUCUCAAUAUGGGAGAGGAUUGUACAUGUUUGCUGGGAAUUGUGACAAUGCAGAAACUCUUGAAAUCCACAAAUAUUGGUCCCUCGUGAAAUACUAGUACAUGUAUAUGCUAAUUCCAUAUGAGUACUAAAAACUUACUGUGAAUUUACUUAUUAUUGGUGUUUUUUUUAAUAUAUUGAUUUUUUGGUACUUCAGUAUUGGAAUGAGUCGCAAAGGAUAUGAUAUCUUGUGAUAUAAAGUAUUAGUGUUAAGAUUUCAAUGAUAAUAUCUUGUAUCAUGUGCUUGUAAUGUUAUGGAAUUAAGAUUUUAUUGUUGAAUACUUGUAUAAGUGGUUGACUGUUGAGUACCAAGUCUUUCAUUCUCAUUCAUUUUUUCAUUGUACAAAUGACAUAUAUUAAAUCUUUGAAAUGAAAAUGUUGACUUUUCUUCUGGAAUAAGAGUUUUUUAAUGAUCAUUUUCUUCAGACUGGAAAAUUUAACAAUCAAACUGUCAGCUCAAAGUUAAAAGUUACUCUACUUACCGGCACUUACGUGGCAUAUUUCUAUC